AUGAAGUCGUCCCUCAGCGUGUCCCCGCAGGUCUUCCAUUCCCAUGAAUUCGACUCGGCAGGCGAAACGGAAGACUCGUGGCAAUACCUGGACUCACAGUACGCCAGUGGCUGCUCUAACCCAAGCUCACUCUACUUUCUCAACAGUCCCGGCGGCAGCCUCCAGAGCUUCAUUCAUGUCCCCAGCCGCCGCCCGUCCGCUUCCGCUCCUGGCUCCGGUGCCGGGUCGCCCAUGGCCAGCCGGCUUUCGCCACCCUACCAUGCCCAUCCUCCUCCGAGUACGGGUUCGUUCCGGGACCAGGCAGAGACCCCACCGAUCUCGUAUUCUCUCCAUCCUGGCGAUGGUGCUGCUGCCUACGCCUUCCCCACAGACACCGCCACAGCGCCGUCGAUGCCCAUGUCGACGACGGCCGCAGCGGUCACGAUGAACGGAGAUGUCGGCAUGACAAUGGCCCUUGACUAUAUGCCAGUCAUGUCUGCCGAUCAGAUGGCAACUUUUCUUCAUUCUGGGUUCUUCAGCCCGCUGCCUCAGCAGCAGCAGUUCGACAUGGCUAGCUUCCCUUUGCCAAUCCAUCCCUACCCCAUCGCGGCAGACUUGUCGUACCAGGCAUCACAGCAAUCAUCAAUACAACAACCGCAGGCUCAACAGCACAUUCAACAACCGGACAGCUCGCCGCCGACCCAGGAUCUGACCUUCGACUUUGACCAGGGUUUCCAUCCCGAGGAUCAACCCGUACGGCCAGCAUGGACGUCCAGCGAGUCACAGCUACAGACGCAGGAGACUCCUAUGGCCAAGGCGCCCAAUGCACCCACUACCCGCCGUUUCGUCAUCCACGAGAGCCCCUACUCCAAGGACCCUAGUCUCCCACGGCCGUCUCCCAGCUCCAGUGCCCCAUCGGUCGUUGCCCGCCGCGAUCAUAAUCACCCAAACGCAGCCUCCAGUCGGAAGGCCAAACCGAUGGGAGUGCAAAAGUCCAAGAAGGAUGUUGACAAGACCUCCUUCUUCGUCUUCACCGCCGAGCAAGUCAAUAUCGCUACUGCCGCUGGCCGCUCAAACUGCUUCGACGGAGGCAUGCACACCACGCAGCGGGGCCGUAAGGGCCCCCUUGCCACAUCCACGAAGGAAGCUGCACUCAAAGUCCGGAUAAAGGGCGCUUGCUUCUGCUGUAAGAGCCGGAAGCUCGUCUGCUGGCGUUUUCCCGAGUUCAUCCCCGUCCUCUUUCCCGAAUUCAUGCGAACCCACCUUCGAAGGGACGAGAUGGCCGAGUUCAUAAGAGAGCAUGUUGGCAUGCCGUCUCGCUCGUCAGAAUCGUAUCAAAUUGAGCUACACUCUGGCGAUCACUUCCAAACAACCCUGGUGCUCAAGGCACUAACCUUCCAGCCGAAGGACGUCGACGCCCAUCACGGUUGGCAUUCGGAAGUCAAGAAGAAUGAGGUCCAGCUGCACAAGCAGGACUCUGUGCCACUGCUGUUGGAUCUGGAGACCGACUCGCAGAAGGAAGCCGUCAAAAGGAAGAUCAAGGAGCUGGGUGAUAUAGUUCUUCCCAAGAAAAUACUCGACCUGGUUCAAAAUUAUGCCAGGAAAACAGAUUCCAAAAUGGUCAAGAAGGCACUUUCCAUAUGCACGGCGCAUUACGUCUUGAUGCACCAGCUGCUCUUCCGCAACAAGGACGCCCUUCGCUGCUCCACGCUCAGUAUGCCCGAGGGUAAGCAUCCAACCGCGGUUGUCCUUAACCGACAGCUCAAGGCCCUCAUCGACGAACAACUCGCGCGUGAAGUGUCCGACUUGUUCCGCAUAUUCAACACGUCGUUGAAGCCGAGAUCAAAACUUGAGUGGACCCCGUGCCUGGCUGCUUUCCUGGUGGUCUGUCUCUUUAUGGAGGACAUGGAGCGCGCGACAGACAUGUUUGUCCUCUCGAAGAACGAGAUAAGCAUCCGAGCCGGCAAGCAAAGGCUCUAUACGCGCAAGCAGGUGCUCGAGGUCAACGAGCAGGUCGAGAAGAUGCCCUUUCAGCAGUUCAUGUGGCAAUUUCACCACAUUUAUCAAACGCAUAGCAAAGAGCAUGGUUCAAAAGCAUUCAACCCACUACUAGAUGACGCUUCGUUGGCGACGGCUGCCACCGACGGCGGCGUGGCUGCGGCCGAGUUGAUUGGGGGGUUACGAGGCUUGGUAGGACCGGAUUGGAAGGAACUUCACGAUCUGGUCAAGGACCCGAUACUGCCAAUGUCAGAGACGGAGGAGCAUCCGUGGCCGAGAAACCUUGCCGUCAACUACUGCGGACGGCUGGCGGCGAGGUUUCUGAUGUCCUUCAAAAGCGAAGAAUACAUCUUUGGUGUUAUGCCAAAGCAGGGCUGUGUGCCGUUGCCCAGUGCAGCCGUGCGAGAAUGGGUGAACAGCCAGCAGCGGGACAUGAUGGAUCUCAGCGCGGCAUAAUGCGAUCAGGGUGACAGAAUGGUGCAGACAGGAUUUUCAUGACUCUCCUCCGAUGUAGAUCUCUUAGCAUAGCGCAGCGGCCUGUUUUCAAAACGGAAUGGCAGAAUCAAGGCAAUUUGGACACGACGAAGGAUGUUCGUCCGAUUUUAGUCCUACUGCCACACAGUUUCUCGAUGGCAGUAGGGUGGAGCGGACAGGUUGUCUAGACCUUGAGUUUGUUCUCCCACAUACGAACGAAUAAAAUAAGUUGACACUCCUGCGUACUAAGAGCGCGGGGUGUAGGCAAGUCGUGGGUUGGCCGUAGCCGGGGGAAUAUAGUCAAGUGGCACGGAGGCGCGCCAUCAGGCGUUCUCUCUUCCAGUCGACGGAUGGGCACGCUAGUUUCUUCGAGAGACCAAUAGACCAAAUUUCUUCUUGCCGAGCCAGCCUUUGAAUGUCGCGGUCGCUUUGGAUCGGGUUGAGUGUUUUUGUCCCGUCGAGAGCUUCAAACAUAGGUAGUCUGACCAGGCCGUCAGACUCGCAAGGACUGGGUAUUGAUAUAACAUGAAAAGAUAUCAAUUCGUCCACAAGCUCAAGUACGGGACCGCGAGCCAGCAGUUGCAUCGGUCGAUUCAAGAUGGGCUUGAAAAGGUCGAAGUUU